UGUAAAAUUAUGGAGGAGUACGCGCCAAGUCGUUAUAAAAUGCUAGAUAAAAUUGGCGAAGGUGUGCAUGGUUGUGUAUUCAAGGCCAUUGAUUUGCAACGCAACGUGGAUGUGGCCAUCAAGAAGGUGGCAUUGAAAAAUAAAUUUGGGAAUAUUUCACUCAAUACACUGCGUGAGAUUAAGACACUGCAGCUCUGUGAUUCGGAAUAUAUACUAAACAUUGUCGACUUAUAUCCGGAUGUGACGGGCUUAGCAUUGGUAUUGGAAUACAUGCCCGACACGCUUUAUGGCCGGCUAAAGAACGAAGCUAAUCCAUUAAGCCGGCAGCAGGUCCGCAAGUACUCUCUAAUGAUGUUUAAGGGCAUGGCGUAUCUGCAUAAUGUUGACAUUAUGCAUCGCGAUAUCAAGCCCGCCAAUUUACUCAUAAGUCGUUCAGAUGUUUUAAAAAUCGCAGACUUUGGCUUGGCACGGCUUUACUUUCCCGAAGAAGAAUCGCGACUGUAUUCACCACAGGUUUCCACGCGUUGGUACCGGGCACCUGAAAUACUUUGGGGCAGCCAAAAGUAUGGACCGCCCGUUGACAUGUGGGCCUGUGGCAAUGUUUUGGCUGAAAUGCUGCGUAGCGUGCCGCUCUUUGCAGGCACUACAGACAUCGAGCAGCUGGCCAUUAUAAUACGCACAAUGGGCAGUCCACGUCUGAAUGAAUGGCCAGAGCUGACAUCCUUACCGGAUUAUAGUAAAAUUAGAUUUCCAAAUUCGGUUGGCGUACACUGGACCAAUUUAUUUCCCAGCUGCACACAUGCGGUGGAGAUCGAUUUGGUGUCCAAUUUGGUGGUAUACAAUCCAAAGAAUCGUCUAACAGCUGCACAGGCAAUUGAACACAACUAUUUUCGUUAAUGUAGGAUAUUUUAUUUACACAUACUAAUAGUAAGAAGUUAG